CCACCCUCUCUCUCUUUGUCCCUCUCCGGUGAAGGUGUAUCUUCUCGGUCGUCCCGAACCCGGGUUCAUCCGACACCAACACCGAGCAGCAGAACCGAGCCUCGGCUCCACAGCAGCGACAUCAUGCCUCCUAAGUUCGACCCCCAGGAGAUUAAGAUCGUGUUCAUGAGAUGCACAGGAGGAGAAGUUGGUGCCACCUCAGCUCUCGCCCCUAAGAUCGGACCUCUGGGUCUGUCUCCCAAGAAAGUUGGUGAUGACAUCGCCAAGGCAACAGGUGACUGGAAGGGCCUGAGGAUCACGGUGAAGCUGACGAUCCAGAACAGGAAUGCAGCCAUCGAGGUGGUUCCCUCUGCGUCCGCUCUGAUCAUCAAGGCUCUGAAGGAGCCUCCCCGUGACAGGAAGAAGGUCAAGAACAUCAAGCACAGCGGCAGCGUGACCUUCGACGAGAUCGUGGGCAUCGCCCGCCUGAUGAGGCAUCGCUCCAUCGCCAGGGAGCUCUCCGGAACCAUCAAGGAGAUCCUGGGCACCUCUCAGUCUGUUGGGUGCACCAUCGAUGGUCGUCCUCCACAUGAUGUCAUCGAUGACAUCAACAGCGGCAAAGUGGAGUGUCCCUCAGAGUAACUGGAUGCAAAUAAAAAGUUGAUAAAAAAUGA